AAUAGGAGGACAAGCCGGGAGGAAUCGCACUUCAGAGCAAAAGUCCAUCGCUCCCCUUCCUUCCUCUACUAGCUCCUAUAGCCAGCCUCCGAGAGAGAGCGAGCAAGAGCCAUGGACUUGGGCGACCACCAGGAGGGGGUCUCCGACAACCAGCAGCUGCUGGAGGAGAGCCGGAAGAGCCAACGCCGCCACACACCGGAGCAGAUUCAAAAACUGGAAGAGUCGUUCCAGACGUGCGCCUACCCGGAUGAGGCCCAGAGCGCUCAGCUUGGACGCGAGCUUGGCCUGGACACGAAGCAGAUCAGGUCCUGGUUCCAGAACCACCGUACACAGAUGAAGGUUGAGUACGAGCGGGCGGAGAACCUCUUCCUCCGCGAGGAGAACACGAGGAUCCUGUCCGAAAACAUGGUCAUGCGAGAGGCGCUCAAGACCUUCGUCUGCCUCAACCCCAACUGCACCGCCAAACACUACUUCGACCAGCAGGAGGAGCUCAAUAAGGAGAACGCUCGCCUCAAGGCGGGGCUCCUCCGCUGCGCUACAUCUUUCCAAGAUGAGCUCUAGUUUUACUUUUUGAUCGGCAUACCUCCUCCAUGCUUCGGCAUGCAUAAGUUGGAAUAAACUACAGGAUUUUGAAUAAGAGCUAUGAUUUGGUCCUGAUUCUUGGUUCUCAGAUCUCCAUCCGACCGCGAGCCGGGCUAUUUGUUGUAACUUGUAAGUUGUAACUGAUGAGGACUGCCUACACAAACUGCCGAAGAAGUCUUAUAACUAGUAUAUUUAUUAAUUGGAUCCACCAUAUAUAGGAGCUCCAGAGAUUAAUCCUGAGAGAACUCAGAACAAAUUAAGGAGAUCUACCUUUUCAAUUCGAUGCAUCAGAUUAUUUC